CAGACCAGGAGGACAUGAAAGCAGCGCAUGCGAUAUAAACUGUGGUUUCCCUCACCUUAUUAGUCUUCAUCGGCUGCGGCGUUGAUGGACAUGACAUCGGACGGACUGGAAGGGACGUUGUGCAGCUUCCCCGACAGAAAUCAAACGUCACCUCAUUUGCACAUGUGCACAGAGUGAGAUGGAGGAGGAAGCAGUGAGUUCCAUCCUGCGUCGACCGCAGAGAAACAUGAGGGCCGUUCUUCUUUUCCCUCUCCUCUCCCUGCUACGGGUCGACGACGCCAAAACACACACCUGCCCCGAGCGCCAGCAUGAACGUCUCAUCUGCUACAACGACUACAGUCGUAACAUCACGUGCCUGUGGAACGACACACGCGUUUUACGCACGGACAACACGGCGUGCCGCAUACACGCAGAAAGAAUCGGCCUUUCAGAGAAGAAGAAGACGCGUUAUUACAACGCUUCCUGUGUACUGGUACCAGUUGACGUCUCCACACCGGGACUUAAGACGUGCUCUCUGAUCUUCAAGAAAGCCGGCAUUUUUCAGUCCAACCACAAGUUGGGAAUUUCUCUGGACUGUUCCUCUGUGAGGAUGAACUACACACCGUACUGCCACGUCAAGCUGUAUCCUCCGACAGAACCCAAAGUCAACAUGACAACAGUCUCCUAUUUGCCCCAAGUAGUCGAGCACCUCGGCAUCUCCCGUUACACCUUCCAGCUGCAGUGGAAGCCAAAGGAUCAGCCGUGGAAUGGCGCACGGGUGCUGAGCGAAGAAGGGCAAUGUGAGUCUUGCUGCCAGACGGAGCUGAGGGAAGAAUUGCUGACGCGUGGCACGACUUAUGAGGCGCGCGCUCGAGUGCGCCCGUCCAAGUUUGACUGGUCGUCAUGGAGCGACUGGAGCCCUACAGCAUCGUGGACUUCAGCCAUUGGAGUGGCCGAGGCGCCACCCUCAGGCUUCUUUGCGCUCGUUCUAGGAGUUACAGUCUCGGGCACAGCCUUCGCCCUGUUUCUGGCUGUUCUCAUCUUCCGAAUUGACAAGACCACCUGGGUGAACACUGCAAAGAAGAUAAAAGGGCCACCGCUACCAGACCCAUCAAAGUCCUUCCUGCAGAAUACCUGGGUGAGUCCCCAUUUCAGCAGUGAGUCUUUGCAGACCUUCCUCCGGCUGGAGGAAAUUAUCCAGGUGAAGUCAGUUGGCCAUAUGGACGUUUUUGCACCUUGCCGUCCAGAGCUGUCGCUGCAGGAGAAGACCAGGAGCAGGAACGCUGGCUUGAGCUUCUUCAACCCCAGGUACUCCCAGCUGUGGCCUCCUUCAGUCCACUCCCUCACCGUGGGCGACCUGGAGCCCUGUGCCGCCGACUCCCCUUACGGGCCCGUUACGACUCCCGCGGAUGACGAAGGCCUCAACAAGGUUUGGGAUGAGGACAUGGAGGAUGUCCUGGAACUUCUGCUGAAGCUCUCCCAAGGCAGCGACGGCAGUGAGGCCAUGCCAGUUAUUUCGGACUAUGCCAAAAUCGAGAGGCUCCAGGUUGAUUGCGUCCAGACGCCGGAAGAGGCCAGUGACGAGGCGGCAGAAGAAGGCAGUGAUGAAGAGACAGCGGGCAAAUGGAGAGCUCUUCAGAAGAGCUGUGAGGGGAGCAUCACUGAAGGCUCCAUUCAAGUUUGCCUCGACAACGACUGUGUCCACACGCUACACGACUCCAGCCCCGAGCUCCCCAGCCUGGAUUCUGGCAUCAGCAGUGCGGGUGAGGAACAAGGAAGUCAAGAGGAGAGUUUAGAGGACAUCUUGGGCGAGAAGUCCAGCAGAUUCCGGUUUCCUCCUUGUCCUCCUCCACCUCAGUGCUCAUCUUCGUUCCCACCUUCAGGCAUCUACGGAUGUUUUGGUCAACCUCUGCAAAGUCUGCAAGCUCUCCUCGAGUCUCAUGCGGACUCGACGUCAUCAGUGGAACCCUCCAGUGGCGGUUACAUGGCCGUCUGCAGGAAGACGCCUGAAAAUGACGACAUUAGUCAAUAACUGAAUUUUUAUUUGGACAUGAAAGCAUUACGCCAGGGGUGUCCAAAGUGCGGCCCACGGCUAAUUGUGAAAAUACUAUUAAAAUAAACAAGCUAAAAAACAUAAAAAAGUGGGAUACUAUAAAAGAGCAAACGGGUGAAACGUAAGGAGAACAAGUUGUAAUUUUCACUCUAAUACCACAAAGCUGCUAUAAAGACCUUUUUUUUUCCUCUAAAACUGUCAUUGCUUAAGCAUAAUAAUGAAUCGAAAUCGAUAUUGUUAUAAAUUAUUGACCAUUCAAAUAUCCACUUUGAAAUAUUUUUGGGGGAAAAUAUUGCAUCUUUUGCUUGUUUGCAGUAUAAAAAAACUAAGUUUUCUUUGACAAAAAGGGCAUAAAACAAACAAACAAAAAACACAUUAAAAACAUAAUACAAAAAUAUCAAUCAAUCAAUCAAUGUUUACUUAUAUAGCCCUAAAUCACGAGUGUCUAAAAGGGCUGUACAAGCCACAACGACAUCCUCGGUUCAGAUCCCACAUCAGGGCAAGGAAAAACUCAACCCAAUGGGACAAUGAGAAACCUUGGAGAGGGCCGCAGAUGUGGGGACCCCCCCCCCCCCCCAGGGCGACCGGUGCAAUGGACAUCGAGUGGAUCUAGCAUAAUAUUGUGAGAGUCCAGUCCAUAGUGGAUCUAACAUAAUAGUGAGAGUCCAGUUCAUAGUGGAUCUAACAUAAUAGUGAGAGAGUCCAGUCCAUAGUGGAUCUAACAUGCUAGUGAGAGUCCAGUCCAUAGUGGAUCUAACAUAAUAGUGAGAGUCCAGUCCAUAGUGGAUCUAACAUGAUAGUGAGAGUCCAGUCCAUAGUGGAUCUAACAUAAUAGUGAGAGUCCAGUCCAUAGUGGAUCUAACAUGAUAGUGAGAGUCCAGUUCAUAGUGGAUCUAACAUAAUAGUGAGAGUCCAGUCCAUAGUGGAUUUAACAUAAUAGUGAGAGUCCAGUCCGUAGUGGAUCUAACAUGAUAGUGAGAGUCCAGUUCAUAGUGGAUCUAACAUAAUAGUGAGAGUCCAGUCCAUAGUGGAUCUAACACAAUAGUGAGAGAGUCCAGUCCAUAGUGGAUCUAACAUAAUAGUGAGAGUCCAGUCCAUAGUGGAUCUAACAUGAUAUUGUGAGAGUCCAGUCCAUAGUGGAUCCAACAUAAUAGUGAGAGUCUAGUCCAUAGUGGAUCUAACAUAAUAGUGAGAGUCCAGUCCAUAGUGGAUCCAACAUGAUAGUGAGAGUCCAGUUCAUAGUGGAUCCAACAUAAUAGUGAGAGUCCAGUCCAUAGUGGAUCUAACACAAUAGUGAGAGAGUCCAGUCCAUAGUGGAUCUAACAUAAUAGUGAGAGUCCAGUCCAUAGUGGAUCUAACAUGAUAGUGAGAGUCCAGUCCAUAGUGGAUCUAACAUAAUAGUGAGAGUCCAGUCCAUAGUGGGGCCAACAGGUGAGCAGCGCAGAGAAGUCCCCAAUCGAUGCACAGGCGAGCAGUCCACCCUGGGUCCCGACUUUGGACAGCC